CAAUGUUUUAGUCGUGGAAAAUGGCUGCGAAUAUGUCUCACUACCAGCUCUUCAUUUUCUGUCUCAUAAAUACUAUUAUCAUCAAUACAUUCCUCUUCGGUGUAAUCACUGCCACCACUCAGCCGGAGGUCUACUUCGAGGCCGCCUUUCAGGGUGAGUGCCGUACGUCAGGUCCGUGCCAUCAGUUGUGUUUCGAUCUACACGACGGCACCUUCGAGUGCGCCUGCAAUAAGGGAUUCACUCUCGACAACAACGGCUACAGUUGUAUCGGUCAGUACUGCAACACAUAA